AUGCUGAUUGGCUGGAGAAGUGGGAAGGUGUGGUCCCUCCAUGAAGACUGGCUGGGGGCAAGGCAGGAGGCAGCUGCCAAAUACUACGAUGCCAUCGCCUGUCUCAAGAACCUGCAGAUGAAGGAGCAGCCCGGAUCUCCAGACUGGAUCGAGCUCGACCAGAAGAUCACACCCCUGCUGUUAAAUUACUGCCAAUGCAAGCUGCAGUGCGAGGAGUACUACGAAGUGCUGGAUCACUGCUCCUCCAUUCUCAACAAGUACGAGGACAACGUCAAGGCCUACUUCAAGCGGGGGAAGGCCCAUGCGGCAGUGUGGAACGUGGCGGAGGCGCAGGCUGACUUUGCCAAAGUGCUAGCCCUCGACCCCUCGCUGCGCCCCGUCGUCUCCAAGGAGCUGCGGAGCCUGGAAGCCCGCCUGCGUGAGAAGGACGCCGAGGACAAGAUCCGCUUCAAGGGCAUCUUCUCACAGUAGAGCCCGCGGCUGCAGCGGAGAGCCCAGCGCUCUCUGAACAGGUUCUUUUAGAUAUUCCACAUGUGGAAUGGUCAUUGAUGUUUAUUAAUGUUUAAUACAAGUUUUACUUAUUUGAAGUCAUUUGAAGCGGCCCGGGAGCUCGCCACGACCCGGCGACACGGCAGCGCACUUAAGUCGCAGUAUUAAGCAGCGUAUAGCAAUGGCAGCGCACGGUUGAAGCGCAAUCUAAUGGUGAAGCUCCUUGCCGGGCUCUAGCCUACGCUCAUCGUCACGCUGGGAAGGGACAUGUGGGGUGACAUGAGCGCAAACCUGUUGCUCUCUGCCACCUUCUUUUAUUUGUCAUUUGAUGUUUUUAUACUUUAUGUUGGGCUGAGCCACCGCGCUCGGGGCUGGCCAAGCUCUUCACAGCCGCGGGGGCUCCGGUGCCAAGCCUCAGCCCCAUCUCUUACCCCUUCGUGCCUGUACUCCGCACCACGUCCUGCAUCGUCACUUCUCAAGGCUGCUGCUAUCAACCCAAGACCGCGUUUCCUCUACUACAGCGUCGCGUCAGCAUCGUAAAUAUUUUAUAUAGAAAAACUGCUUGUUACCGCUAUCUAUAUAAAACUCUGGUCAUGCUAUGCCAAGAUAAACAAAAGUGCAACUAGUCCCAGGCACCUGAUCACUUAGAAAAAA